AUAAGUUAUCUCCCUUUCGUAUAUUUGCGAAUGUUUCAAAUGUAGAAAAUGGCUAGAACAAAGCAAUCUAAAGCAAACAAGUCAAAUGCAACUCCAAACCAAGACAGACUAGCCGCUAAAACGCAAAGAAACAGCACCGGUGAAGGAACAUCACGACAAGAUGACACUGCCAUACGGAAACACAGAUACAGACCAGGAACUAGGGCCUUGAUGGAAAUACGCAAAUACCAGAAAUCCACGAGCCUCUUGAUCAGAAAGGCACCUUUCGUAAGAUUGGUACGUGAGAUCUGCCUAGAACUGGCGCCCAACAAACAGCAUUAUUGGACGGCCCACGCUCUAAUGGCUAUACAAGAGGCGGCUGAGGCUUACCUAGUACAUCUGUUUGAGGAUUCAAACCUUUGUGCCAUACAUGCCAAGCGGGUCACGAUUAUGCCCAGGGACAUUAUUCUAGCGAGACGGUUACACGGCUACGCAUAUGAACCUUAUACAUACACUACAUAGUGUAUACUGGAUAACGUGUGUCUGUCUUGUUUUAUUGUAUAUAUUUUUAGCACGUCUGUUUUUCAAUGAAAAAAAAUGUCACAUUAUUUUGAUAUCCUUGGUGUCGUCUGCUUUAGAGUGUUAUACAUUAACAUUGGCCAUAACUGGAAAACAAAUCAAGCAAUUAGAAUGAAACUUGAUACAUAUGUUACAAGAGAUAAUACUGAACUAAUUGCUUCAUUUUCUAAUGUCAAUAAAAGUUGUCUCCCCUCGGUACGAACAUGAGAAGUAAGGCCCAUAACUCUUGCUCUAUUAAUUAUUAAGUUAUACCCCGUUUUUCGACUUAAAAAUUAUCAAAUAUGGGUUAGCUCGGUGCUCUUGCUUAGGUUAACAGUUGCAGCAUUUUAUGUUUUGUUACAAAUGCCAAUGAAAUUAUUGUGCACUGUAAAUUUUCUUAAUUUGGUGACAUGGUUGUUUUUCCAAUUUAUUUUUAUUUUUCAUCUUGAAACGAUAAGGCAUUUAUUAAAUGAAUGGCAACUAUUGGUAUUUUUUUGUAAAGCUUCUAUUUACAACCUUAUCAAUUUGUGAACAAUCUGGAAUACUUAACCCUUGUGAAAUUUAACAAUCUACAGUAUCACAUAUACAUGCAGUGUAAGGUGCUUGAAAGAAAUCUCUCUCAGGACCAAGCAUGCAUUAUCAUAGUCAUAUUUACAUUAUCAUAGUCAUAUUUACUUUCAUUUGACUAUGUUGUGUGUAAAAAAGCAGUUUCAUGAAUUCUAACAACAAUUGUGUACAAUGGUGAUUUUAAUUUGUCUGUUUUUUUAAGAAGUUGGGUCAUUUACCUCAGGCAGUGGUGUUUUUUGCAUCUUCAGUGUCUACAUUGAAGAAAUCUUGAGCAUCGGCCUAAGCAAAAAAUUGUCAACAUGUUGGUGUGUGAUGUGUCUCAUAUAAAUAAGGUUAAAGAUUAAAUUUUUCAUUUAAAAAUUAUCUAGUCGACCUCUGUUUAAACAAAGCUCACCAGGCAGCAAUUUCACACCUGGAUUAAGUGGCCACCUGUCUUAAGCAGCCACUUUGACCUUUUCCCAAAGGUGGUCACUUAAUACAGGUUUUUCUGUAUGUAAUUACCAACACUGCUUGAAACCAUUUGAUAUUUUUUUGGCAUAACCAUGUUUAACUUACUCUAGUUUUACAAGUAUUUAUAUAUAUGUACAGAUGUAUUAAUUCUGAAUAUUAAAUGUAUUUUUAGCUUAAUAAUAGACAUAGUUUUCUCAGUUGUUGCUUUUCAUAUUGACCAGCUUCACUGUUUUUUCUAGCUGAAAAGGGACAACAGAUGUCAUACAUAAGCUUUCGGGCUGUUUUCAUCAUAAAAACAUUUUUAUUUUGGGCUUAAUGAAUUUUUUUAUGAAAAAUCGAGUUUGAUAAUUAUGAAACUUGGUAGACAAUAACAAUAUUUAUAGUUCCCACAUAAUAAGAUGUACACGUUAUCUUAACAAUAAUUGUAUCGUAAGAUCAAUUUUUCGAAUCCUUUUUUUUUUGGUUGUAAUGAGAUUUUUUUUCAAAUAUAAACCAGUAGUGACAAUUACUCCAGACUUAUUUACAUUUUAAGUUAAGUUUUUAAUUUUAAUUUUGAAACUUGCUUCAAUAUAGUAUUCAACUGAAAAUCCUUAUCAUAUGAUUGAUAAAAAAACAACAACAAAUUAUUUGGUUGCUUUCAGUUGUUUAAGUUAAUAUUCAAGUUUGCUUCAAAUUUAAAGUCAGGAGAGCCCUCAAAUGAGCUUCUAAAAAGCCAUUUUACUUUUACAGCAGUGCGCUUUUGACCCCCAAGAGCGCCCCAUAAACCCAUGGCCAAAAAUGUUUCAGUCCUCCAGCUGCCAGGUCAAUCACAUCCCUGUAUAUUAUCAGCAUUUGUAUUCUUUUGAAAUUUCGCCCGCAUGAUACAGAGAGUGUACUUAUUAAAAAUUUCAGGCAUUUUGUCACUAUCAUCACAAUUCUAAGAGCUCUGUGCCAGUUUUCAUAAAACAUAUUAAAUCAUUUCCUAACUUAAGUCAUUUUCUUAAGUGUUUAAAAGGCACUGAUAAUAUACAGGGCUUCCAUUAAGAAAUUGAAACUGGAAGUAUGAACUUCCUGUCUAUCACUUUUGGAAGUUUUACACUAAAUAAUGGAAGUUUAAGUCUUCAUAAUACAAUAUCUUUUUCAACUUUUUUUCAACAAAUAUAUUAAAAAUCAAAUAAUUUGCACUUUAAGUUAUAUUAUUAUAAUUCAUAACUUAAAAACACUUAAACUGAUUGAAAUUAUGACUAUAAAAGUAAAUAUUGACAAAAGGUUUUGAUAUUUUGAACUUCCAAGCUUUCAACUUUGGAAGUUUUCUUCAAAAUUAUGGAAGUUUUUGUACUUCCAAGGAAUUAUUUUUAAAAGUUAUAACCCAUUUCAAGGGAGUAUUAUACUUCCAAAAUUCCUUUAACGGAAGCCCUGUUAUUAUAUAUAAAGUUUUAUCCCACGGAAUGAUGUUCCAUAUUUUGCCAUUUAAAAAAAGUUGGUUCAAGAAUCAAGUUGUAAAGAAAGUAAGACAAAUUUAAAAAGAGUUCUAAACCAAUGGCCCAAUCGAUAUUCCUAAAAUGGAAGAAUCAAGGACGGUCCCAAUCGGAAUAAAUCAAUUGAAUUUUAUCAAAAUGAAAUUGGAAAGGUUUUUUUUUCAUUUUAAACACAAAAUAAAGGAAAUGUAUUUAUUUUUAUUGAUGGCAGCUAUCACUACGGUAAUUCUGUUGAUCUGAUUAUAUUCUUUUUGUACAUGUUAAAUGUGUUAGUAGCUUAGGCAUAAUAAACAACAUGUUUGUUUCCAGUUCUUCAAUAUCCUAUUUUUUCAUGGGAUAUAUUUUUCUACCCGCAUUUUUCUCUUUCUCCAUAAUGUCUUUUUUGGGCCAAAAAUAAAAUGGUUUGGUUAGGGUUCCAUCCUUUUUUAAAACAGGUAGGGAAGUUAGGCUUUUAAAUAAAUAAUAUAUAAAUUUUAUUUAGGCUUUAUAUAAGAACAUAAUUGUCAUCAUUGGAGAAUGAUGUUAAAGCAAUCUUCUGUAUAAUGGUUAAAAGGUUUUAAACUACAUAUUAAAACAUACACUUAAAAAUAAUGAUCUUUUUUUACCAACUGACUAAAAGCAGUUGGGUUGGCGCCUAUUUCGUAGGUAAGGUUGGGUAGCCCGAACCAAAUGUAUCUUUUUUUAGGCCCAGGAAAGACACUUGUAUGUAUUGUUUUUAUGGAGCACCAUAGUUUAUGUUAUUCAAGAUGAAAAAAAACACAAGUUUUAAUGUAACUAUGAUAUUUGGACACAACUUUACCUAAGAAAAGAAAGUUUAAAAAAAAUAAUCUUGAGCUAUCUACACUAUUUAAAAAAAAAUGGUGGCAAGGGGUAUUAGGGGCAGUGAAAUUGAAAAACAAUCAUUGUUGUUUUUAUACCUUGACUAUAAACCCAUUUUCUGCUUUCCCACUUUCUCGAGCAUAAAAAAAUAAAUAAAUGGUAAAAUGUUUGUUUCAGGGUAUGAUCAGAAUAUAUUGCACCAAAAGUUAUAUCUCGGUAGUGGCACAACCACUUUUUUAAGGUGAAAUAUAUUGAAAUCUAUCUUUGAAACUAACAAUUUUUCUGUUUGUUAUAUGCCUAAAAAUAAUAGAAGAUGACAGUUAAUUGUUGUUGUUUUUUCAAAAAGAGUGCUAAAUUAUAUGCAAAUGUAACAUCAUUAAAAACAAUAAAAUAUCAUUUUUAUUUCACUGCUAAAUCUCUAUGAAGCACUUGAAAGCAUGUUAUAUUUACUUAUAAAUAGGAAUAAAGGAACAUCUUCUUUUUAAGUACACAAUCAAGUCCUCAUACAUGCCAUGUAGAGCAAGCCCUGGCUUGAUUUAUUUAAAUUUUUAGCACCUGAUAUACAUAUUAUUGAUUUUUUUUAAGAUUUCAUUUUUCUUUUAUGUAAUUCAUGUUUCUUUUAAAAUGUGUUCAGAUGAAAUUAAAAUAUUAUUUAUUA